CAGUCAGCCAGUCCAGCGUCACGUGAAACUCCUUCAUACAGCAAAUGUGUUUUUUUCUUUAUUUUCCUUUAAAUGUAAGGAUUUCUCUAUUUUCUAUUCCGCCGAAAACUCUCGGAAGUGAAACGGAAGCUGUGUGUGUACAGAUCCAACAUGGACGAAGACGGGCUGCCCAUCGUGGGCUCUGGAGUCGAUCUAACCAAGGUUCCUGCCAUCCAGCAGAGAAGAGUCGUGGCCUACCUCAAUCAGUUCGUCGUGCACACAGUUCGCUUCCUCAACCGCUUCUCCACAGUUUGUGAAGAGAAACUCGCAAACAUCUCUCUCCGCAUACAGCAGAUUGAAACCACUCUGUGCAUUUUGGAAGCCAAGCUUUCCUCUAUUCCCGGACUGGAGGACGUCACAAUAGACGGAAUUAGUCAGCAGCAAACUGCACAGGCUAAUGGACCGACUGCUGCCAGCCAGAGCCAAGCAGGUGGUCCGCCCGCAGCAGCGACUCUGCCGCCCCCGGAGCCCACUCAGCCUGCACCAGAGGCUGCACCGACGCAGAAAGCAGAAGCAGCUGCAGCUGCAGAGAAUGUCAUGACUGUGGCCAAGGACCCACGUUAUGCCCGAUACCUGAAAAUGGUUCAAGUGGGGGUUCCAGUUAUGGCCAUAAGGAAUAAAAUGGUCUUGGAGGGUUUGGAUCCCAACAUGCUGGACUCACCGGACGCCCCGGUUCCCGACGGAGCAACGGGGGGCGCAGAGGAUCAGGAUGUUGCGGCAAACAGCUCCGACAGCGAAUCGUCUUUUAGCGACUGACGUCUAUUUCCCCCACGCGUCCUCCUCCCCACACAGCUGCCAGCGAAAGGAGCUUGAGGCCUUUGCACUCAGACGAGGACAAGCCAGAAGGUGCAGGCAUAUGUGCCCGAAAAAUCAAUCACCAGAUUGAUUGUAAUUCCAGUGCGAAUGAUCUGGAAUGGUUCUGUCGUUGGGACCUCCUCAAGUUUGAUGUGUCAUUAGCAUUUUUUAUUAAAGAUUGUUUAAUUCAAAAAAGGGGGAAUCAUUUCAAAGAACGUGGCAGUGGCGAGAAGUUUCCUCACAAAACCCAUCAAGUAGUAGUUUUACUGUAGGUUCGUCUGGGGUAGUGACAGAACUAUCACUGUAUGAGUAGAGAUCUUUUUUUGGUCCAGUUAAAAUUGGAAAAAAUAUAUAUUUUGGAUAUUUUUGAAUGAUUAAGACAUGCAUUGUGAAUCUGUGUGUUAAUGUCAGGGAGAAAAUAAAUAUCACAAUAAUCUUC